GCACGAAUCGCUUGUAUUUUAAAUUAAAAUCCUUUAAAUAUGGAUAGAAUAGAAUUUACCGUUAACAAGAAAAAAUGUUCUGUGGGCCAUGAAGUAGACUCAGAUGUGACAAUAAACGACUAUCUCCGUAAUCAGCUUAACUUGCGCGGCACCAAGUAUAUGUGCCAGCAGGGAACCUGCGGCGCUUGUAUUGUUAAUGUUACCAACAACGACAUUUAUGGACAUCGACGGACCUUCUCUGUUAACUCUUGUUUGGUAUCUAUAACACAAUGCGAUGGAUGGGAUAUAACCACUAUAGAAGGUGUCGGCGACAGGCAAAAUUAUCACCCUGUACAGAAAACCCUGGCGAAGUACAACGGCACACAAUGUGGUUACUGCAGUCCUGCUUGGGUUAUGAGCAUGUAUAGUUUACUCGAGGAAAAUAAUUAUAAACUGACUCAAAGUCAAAUAGAAGAUUCUUUUGGCAGCAAUACAUGCAGAUGUACAGGAUACAGACCAAUACUUGAUGCUUUCAAAAGUUUUGCUCACGAUGCUCCUGAACCAAACCUCACUGACAUCGAAGAUUUGAAAAUUUGCAGUGAUAAAGAUAAAUGUGAACUAUCACUUGAUAAUAACUGGUGUUUAUUACAUAAAGAGAACAUUGCUCGUAAGAAUAAAAAAAUACUUUUAAAAGAUGAUAGAAUCUGGUACAGAGUUAAUGAAAUACGAGAUAUAUUUGAAGUGUUUAGUACUGAAGGAACAAACUCUUACAUGCUAGUUAAUGGAAAUACUGGACGAGGAGCGGUACCAGUUUUUGCCUUUCCUAAAGUCUUAAUAGAUAUAAGUUUUGUUGAAGAAUUGAAGACGUUUUACAUAGAUCAGAAUUUAGUGAUCGGUGCAGGAAUAACAUUGAGAGAUUUAAUGGAUCUUUUCAAAAAUAUAUCAGAGAGAGAAGAGCACUUUCAAUAUUUAAAGAAGUUAUACGAGCAUUUAAAUUUAGUAGCACAUAUACCAGUAAGAAAUAUAGGAUCAGUAGCUGGUAAUUUGAUGCUCAAACAUAGAGAACUUACAUUUUCUUCGGAUGUGUUUUUGUUACUUGAAACGAUAGGUGCAACUCUAACUAUUGUUUCUGCUAUAUCAAUAGAUGAAGUAACACCAGAGACUUUUCUAAAAAUGGAUAUGACUGGUAGAAUAAUCACACAAAUCAAAAUACCCCCACUGUCUCACAAUUAUGAGCUUGUAUCUUUCAAGGUUAUGCCUCGAUCUCAAAAUGCUCAUGCUCAAGUCAACGCAGCGUUUCUUUACGAACUAGAAGUGGAUCAUGAAACAGUAAAAUCUGCGAGAAUAGGAUAUGGCGGUCUCUCUGGUAAAUUCAUACAUGCAGUUCAAACUGAGAACUGUCUGAUUGGGAAGAAAUUAUUCACAAAUGAAACAUUGCAACUGGCGCUUGAAGUUUUGAACAAAGAAUUGAUAGUGGAAGAAAUUCGAGAGUGA